GGGGGGCGUCCAGGAUUGGCACGAAAUCAAAGCGAGUGAAUGGGCUUCGGUUCGCACGAACAAUGUGUUUCUGAUGGCAUUCAGCUGUGACACUGCAAUACCCAUUGAGACGUCAGCGGAAUUAGAUUGUGAACACUUCAGCCGACACGUCGACAUUCCCAAGAUCACACAGGACGAACUUCCUUGUCGCCCCAGUCGCGUUAUUGGCAGAAGCUCCGUUAAUGCUGCCGUCCCGAAAGAUAGCUCAUACGUCAUGCACGGCGGGCCGUCACGAUGGGAACAAGGGGGCACAGCCCUCCCGACGUGGGCGACGCUUGACGGGGGCGGGCGUCGGGGAGGACCGCUUCUUGCACAGGAAUGGGCGCACAGGGCAGUGCACAGCGGGAAGGUGACGCUCGAAGCCCAGACUGGCCACGCUUCCCAUUGGUCCAGAGCCAGAGCCAGUGGCCGCCAGUCCCCUCGCCGACGCGCAACGUCGUCUACCUGCCCUACCCGCCAGCGGCAUUCCCCUGGUUUGGGGUGCCAUGCGUGUACCCGCAGCCUAUGCAAAUUCCUGUGCAAUCGAUCCGCCCCCAACGCGACACGCUGCACCCAUGUAUCGAUGGAGGCAGGGUUCCGCUGCUCUUCGACGUGCGCGAGAACCCGCGGUGCGCGCUGCCUGAGUACGCGCGGUUCGCGGGCUUCAGCGUCUUCCCCGAGCCCGUGCGCGACCUGCGCCUCGUCGCGCGCGCGUUCCCGUGGCCGAUCGAGAUACGGAACGAGGUCGUCAUGUGCGGCACGAUCUGGGAGCGCGCGCACGCUGCGCUACGCAGGCCCGUCGCUGAGGCGGAGUGGGCGCUCGUGUGCCUUGACCCCGCGAAGAAGAGGACCGUGGAACGGGCGAUGAAGAGGAGGGUGGACAGGGACCCUGCUGAGGAGAAGUCGCCGCUCAGGGUGGACUACCUCGGUGACGAGACGAUGUUCAUGGGCCUGGAGAAGGGCGAAGAGUUUGUGGAGAGCGUACUCCUGCCCGGGAAGAGGAAGGUCGAGACGUGGGUGAUCAAGAUGGGCAGGCGAUGAGGCACAGUGGACAAGAGCAGGGAUACCCAGAUAUACCAUCGGAACUUGAAGACAUGGACUUCACGGGACUAUCAUCGGUUGAUUAGGAGACACAGAUACAGUACAUACCCGUAUACCCUUAGUCUCGAAGUGUAGCACACGCGUCUGCCAGCCACGUUGAGGGCCAGCAGCCAUAAUCUAUAUCAUAUAUUCAGCUAAA